UCGUUUUCCUUAACUGUGAUCUCCAUCGUCGUUUUGUGUUCUUCAAUAGAACUACGAAGCAACCCCUCCGUCUUUCAGCUCCCACCCCUGCCCUACCGCCCAUCCGCCUUCUCUUCAGUCCUGAUGUCGACCUCCGCCCAGUUCAAAAUGAGCGACUUCCCUCACAAAGUCCUCGAUCCAAUCGCCACCACCACCGUUCCGCCGACCUACGCCACUCUCAAAGUGGCCCAACGUCAACUCAGUACCAACGCCGCCGCCAUCCCUACGCUCAAUGGUGGUGGCGCCCACGGCCACAUGGCCCUCACGCUUACCGCCCGCGCCUACGCCGACAUCAGCGACGUCCCAUUCGACAUUCCCGUCGCCCCUCCGGCCAACCCUCCCGUCGGCACCACGCAACCGCAAAUCACCGAGUUCAACCGCAUCCACCAACGCAAUGCCGACGUCUACAACCUGUACGUCGCUGUCAAUAAUGCCCUCCGCCAGCAACUUCUCGACGCCCUCCCGAAGAUUUACGUACGCGCCCUUGCACAUCCCAUUUUCGAAUUCAGCACCGUUACCUGCCUCGACCUCCUUUCGCACCUCUGGACCAAAUAUGGUACCAUUAAGCCUGCCGACCUCCAGAAAAAUUUCCAAUCCAUGUACACCCCAUGGAACACUGCCGAACCCAUCGAGACUGUUUUCUUACAGCUUGACGAAGCUAUCGCGUUUUCCAUCGACGGCAACGACCCCAUCUCCGAGGCCGCCGCCGUUCGUGCCGGCUACGACGUCCUAGCUCACUCCGGCCUCUUCCCUCAGGACUGCAAAGACUGGCGCAAAUUACCCCUUGUUUCUCACACCCUUGCCAACUUCCAUCAGCAUUUCACUCUCGCCGACGAAGACCGGCGCCUCACCGCCACCACUGGAUCCCUUGGCUACGCCAAUCUUCUCGCGGCCACUCCCUCUCUGGCUCCAGCCACGGUUUCCGACACCCUUAGCCUUCCUUUCUCCGCGCUCUCUGUGUCCCAGACUUCCGUCUCCUCUCCAGAAAUGACGUAUUGCUGGACUCACGGAACCAGCAAGAACCGGCGCCACACAAGCGCCACUCUUAAUUCGUCUGUAGUCCCCUCCCCGCCUAGUACACACACCUCCGCCAUUGCCGACACUGGCUGCACCGGCCACUACAUUACGGUCGACUGCCCUCACACCCACAAGCACCCAGCAAACCCCAGCCUCGCCGUCCGUGUCCCAAAUGGCGCCGUCCUCCGCUCCAGCCACAUUGCCACCCUGGCCCUGCCUGGUUUCUCCCCUGCCGCCUGCCAAGCCCACAUUUUUCCUGGGCUCGCUUCCCAUCCGCUCCUCUCCAUUGGGCAACUGUGCGAUGACGGCUGCACGGCCACCUUCUCUGCCACUCGCCUCGACAUUCAUCGCGACGCUACCCUGCUGCUCUCUGGGGCCCGCUCCCCCCACACUGGCCUUUGGCACCUUGAUCUUGCCCCAGCUCCCUCUCCCGCGACGGCCCAUGCCCUUGUUCCACACACACCCCUUGCCGACCGCAUUGCUUUUAUCCAUGCCUCACUCUUCUCCCCGGCACUUUCCACGUGGUGCCAGGCACUUGACUUGGGCCAUCUCGCCACCUUUCCGGACCUUUCAUCCCGGCAAAUCCGCAAGCAUCCACCCAGCUCCUCUGCCAUGAUCAAGGGUCACCUCGACCAACAACGAGCUAACCUUCGCUCCACCAAGCUUCCCCCGGUCAGUCCUCCUACCACAACGACACCUCCCGUCGACCACGAGCCUGACAGGGAUCCUCCCGAUGCCCCACCGGUCACACGCACGCACCACGUCUUCGCUGCGCACCAGCGUGUUACCGGCCAAAUCUACACAGACCAACCGGGACGUUUCCUCACUCCGUCCAGUGCAGGCCACAACGACAUGCUUGUGCUUUAUGAUUACGACAGCAACGCCAUCCACGUCGAACUCAUGAAGAACAAGUCCGGCCCGGAGAUACUGGCCGCCUACAAACGCGCUCAUACCCUUUUCACCCAGCGUGGCCUCCGUCCCCAACUCCAGCGUCUGGACAAUGAAGCCUCUGCAGCCCUCCAGUCCUUUAUGACCUCAGAACACGUUGACUUUCAGCUGGCACCCCCCCAUCUACACCGUCGUAAUGCAGCCGAGCGGGCCAUCCGCACCUUCAAGAACCACUUUAUUGCUGGCCUCUGCACCACUAACCCGGAUUUUCCAUUACACCUUUGGGACCGCCUCCUCCCACAAGCCCUUAUCACCCUCAAUCUUCUUCGUCGCUCCCGCAUCAAUCCCAAGCUGUCCGCACACGCCCAGCUUCAUGGUGCUUUCGAUUACAACCGCACCCCGCUUGCUCCUCCCGGUACUCGCGUCCUCGUCCAUGUCAAGCCGUCCGUCCGCGAAACUUGGGCCCCCCAUGCUGUCGAAGGUUGGUACCUCGGCCCCGCCCUGCACCAUUACCGCUGCCACCGAGUCUGGGUCACGGAAACACGUGCCGAACGCGUUGCUGACACCCUUUCCUGGUUCCCGACCCGCAUUCCCAUGCCCACCGCUUCGUCCACCGACCGCGCCCUGGCCGCCGCCCGCGACCUGAUCCAUGCCCUCCAGAAUCCCUCCCCUGCGUCUCCAUUCGCCCCCCUCGACGCCACCCAGCAUCAGGCACUCACCCAACUUGCCAAUCUCUUUGCCACCGUGGCCGCCCCGGCCGCCGCCGUCCCUACAUCCGCUCCCACGCCUCCGGUCCGUCCUCCUGCCCCAGCACCUCCCCCUUCUCAGGUCCGCUUUGCCGUUCCUCUCGUCACGGCCGAACAUGCCCCUGCACUUCCGAGGGUGCCCAUUCCGGCCGCCGCACCUCCGAGGGCCGUCGCCGCCGCAAAGCACGCACACAACCGGCAACCCCAACCCUAGUACCAGCGCAUCCACACAACACCCGCACCCGGCCCUUUCUUGUCCCGGCCUCUGCCAACGCUGUUGUCGACCCCGCCACCGGCGCCUCAUUGGAAUAUCGGCACCUGCGCUCCGGCCCCGACGCUCCCGAUUGGAUUCGCGCCGCCGCCAACGAAAUUGGACGGCUCACUCAAGGUAACCCGCCCCACAGUUCCACCGGCAGCCAAACCAUGCACUUUAUCGCGCAUAAUGCCAUUCCUCCCGGCCGCAAGGCAACCUACUUACGCAUUGUUGCCAGCAUUCGCCCUCAGAAAUCGGAACCCAAGCGAAUCCGGUUUACCGUCGGUGGCAACUUAGUUCAGUACCCCGGAAAGGUUAGCACUCCCACCGCGGACAUCACCACCGCCAAGAUCCUGUUCAACAGUGUCCUCUCCACACCCGCGGCAAAGUUCAUGUGCAUAGACAUCAAGGAUUUCUAUCUAGGCACACCCAUGGCUCGCUACGAAUACAUGCGCAUCCCGGUCCCCGAUAUUCCCCCGACCAUCUUGGCUCAUUACCAGUUGACCCCACUCAUACACAACAAUUCCGUUACCGUCGAAAUUCGCAAAGGUAUGUACGGCCUUCCCCAAGCCGGCAUUCUCGCUCAUGAUCGCCUGGUUGAACACCUUGCUCGGCACGGCUACGUCAAGACCAAGCACACUGCCGGCCUUU